AUGCUACCAAUCAUCGACCCCGACGUGGAAGCACCCCCCAAUCACGUGCCACUGUUCUCGACUGUCCGUGAUCUUGAAGACGCUUCCAGCCACAACCCUCUACACAGCAGCCCUGAAGAGGUUCUUCGCGCAACAAGCGUCGGAGAUGACCUUGCCAAGAUGAUAGAUGUCUCCUGGUGGCCCAACGAUGGACCGAGGUUCAUUGACGAGAAAGGAAAAGUCCUCCACAAUGUCGCGCCCUCUGGUCAGCUCUCGGAAGAUGAGGAAAGCGGUAGCCAAGAGACGGUUACUGGAAAUCCCCCGCGGCAGAUCGUCUUUUGUCAGCCGGGCGAAGAGCGGUCUGAUCUGCCCGCUGACCAAAUCACUUGCGUCAUGUCUCCGUCUUCGUUCUACGAGACAAUGGUAUCCAUGUUCGCCGCCAUGAAGAAGACAGGAGCAGUCCCGGCCCACAUGUGUCCACGCAUGUACGAGUACACGCCGCUGGCCUCGGGCCAAAACAUCCGGAUCCUUACGCUAUGGCCGGGAUCUGGAGACACUCAACUGCGUUGCGAGACGCGUGAGGUCACGCUUGGGAGUGGUGUGUACUAUGAAGCAUUGUCAUACACCUGGGGAGAUCAGUCCACAGGUACAUUGAUCAGCUUCAACGGCCUUCUCCUCCCAAUCGCGCCGAACCUGUGCAGCGCUCUACUACACCUGCGGCUUCCGGACAGACCCAGGACUUUGUGGAUCGACGCAGUGUGCAUCAAUCAGUUGGACAACGAAGAGAAGAGUCUACAGGUGCAGAUGAUGCGCGACAUCUACCAAGAAGCUUCAAGCGUCAUCGUGUGGCUCGGCUCGACCGAAGACGACAGCGACGCUGCAAUGGACUUGAUUGCAGGGGAUGUUACGGCUGGGUGCGACGAGGCAACAGUGCCGGCGGAUUUCGAAUUCGUCCUCGACGAUCAACCUCCUUUCCCAGAAUCUGGGAGAUACCCGGGCGAGGACUACACUCCACGCGGAAGGACCGAAGGCGUGGAGAGUGAAAGAGCAUGGACCGCGCUGUAUGCCUUGGUCCAACGGCCUUGGUGGUCUCGCGCGUGGGUGUUGCAAGAGUACGCAGUCCCGAAGCAGGAACCAACCUUCAGGUGUGGCAGCCAGGUCGUUACGGCCGGAGAACUCCAGCAGAUCUGUUCCAUCGCCGGCGAAAUGGUUGACAGUCUCCCCAUGCCGGCCAUCGUCGCCAUCAGGGCCGGAUACCGGCUCGAUCCUCUGUUCAUGACGCGCGACACGUUCCAAAAGGAGAGCCAGCUGGAUUUGCGGCACCUUCUGCAAUACAACCUCAACACCCAGGCCACAAACCUCAGGGACAAAGUGAUCGCCCUUCUCGGUCUCACCUCGCAGGAAUGCCGUGACGCGCUGGUGCCCGACUACUCCAAGUCCAUCACGCAAAUCUACGCCGAGACAGCAAAAUACAUCAUCCAAUCCACAGGCGACCUCAACAUCCUCGCCACCAACACCAACUCCGACCGCAAGUCCUCCCCGCCCCUCCCAUCCUGGGUGCCCGACUGGGCCCUCUUCGCCAGCCGCCCCCCCACCCUCCUGCAGCCCUCCGUCUACCAAGCCUCGGGCCCCUACGCCGCCUGCAUCGGACCCUCCUCCGACCCCAACGUCCUCGAGGCCGGCGGCAUCCCCAUCGACCGCAUCGCCCACGUCAGCGACGCCAUCGCCCCCGCCGACGUGCGCAUCGACACGGGCGCCCUCGGCCGCACCGUCCGCAAGCUCUACGACCAAGUCCUCUCCGCCUCCGGCUCCGGCUCGCGCACCCGCCACUCCGACGACGACGACGACGACGACGACGACGACCGCUUCUGGCGCACCCUCGUCGCCGACCGCCACCAGCUCCCUCCCGGCGACUCCUCCUCCUCUCCCUCCCCAUCGUACUCCAGCCCCGCGCCCGCCGCCUUCGCCGACCUGUUCGAGCUGUUCCUUCACCCGUCACCACAAACGCAGGCGAAGACGACGACGACGACCACUACUGCCCCCCUCACGACAGAGAUCGCUCAAGUCCUCGCCACGCGCCGGGUGUUCGUCACCGAGCGGGGGCGGCUGGGCGUGGGGCCGGCGGGCGGGCGGGUGGGGGACGUGGUGGCUGUGUUGAUGGGCGGGGAGAUGCCGUUUUUGUUGAGAGAGGUGGGGGAGGAAGAGGAAGGAGAGGAGGAGGAAGAGGAGGGGGAAGGGGAGAGGGACAGUGGUGGGUUGGUGAGGUUGGUUGGCGAGGCGUAUGUGCAUGGGGUUAUGCGGGGGGAGGUGGUGGAGGAGCUGCCUGGGCCGGGGAGGGGGUUGGAGGGGUGUAUGGUUAUUUUUCGGAUUUGUUGA